AUGCUCGCUUUCUCUGGGAUUGAGAAUAUGCCAAUCGACAACGUUGCAAUGGCGAGUGACAACAAAGCGAACAGCGUGGAAGAGGGUUCCCUGGUUUUGCCUGACGGGACGAAGCUCUAUACAAAAACGUGGAAGACUAAAGAGAAACCACGAGCUAUCAUUGCCUUCUACCAUGGAUUCAGUGAUCACAGCAACUCUUGGUUCCAAUUCUUUCCCACUUUAGCGUCUUCUGGGUUUGAGGUACACGCGCUUGAUCAGCGGGGAUGGGGCCAAUCUUCUGCCUCUGACCGUAAAUUGCGUGGUGACUUUGGGACCACAGAUGUGGUCAUGGCCGACUUGCACUUCUUUCUACAAUCAGUUGUGCCUUUUACCCAAGAAGGCUCCAUCCCUCUGUUCCUCAUGGGUCACAGUAUGGGUGGUAUGAAUGUACUCUACUAUUCGCUAAACCCGGAAUCACCAUAUUACACGGCGCAAUCCUCAACGCCUGCUACCCCAACCAGCCAGGUCAAGCUUUCUGGUGUCGUUUCGAUCGCCCCGCUAGUUGCUGUCCAUCCAACCACGCAACCGCCCAAGAUCGUAGAGUUGCUGGGCCGAGUCGCAGUCAAGGUCCUGCCGAAAGUGACCAUGGUCCAAGCAAUAGACGCAAAAUGGGUUUCUCGAGAUCCAGUCGUUGUCGAGAGUAUCCGCAAAGAUGCCGUUUUGUCUCAUAAAACCGGUACGCUGGAGGCACUCAACGCCAUGUUGGGUCGAGGUGCAUGGUUAGAUGCUCUGCAUAAGAAUCCGCAUAGUAUCGCUGCUGAAGACAAUAUUCCCCCGAUUUGGGUUGGCCAUGGAACAGCAGACAAGAUAACUUGGUUCGACGCGACGAAACGAUUGAUGGACAAUUUGAAGAUCAAGGACAAAACCUUCAAGGUUUAUGAGGAUGCUUACCACAAGCUAACAAAUGAUACUGAAGAGGUUGUGGAGGAGGUGACUGGACAUAUAGUAACGUGGAUUGAGGAGAAGCUCCCACAGGGUGCUGUGGAAGGAUCUACGGGGGAGGCACAGUAA